GCAGGGCCUGCGGGCCUGGUUGCUAGGCGGAAGCGGGGCGCGGUGGCGGCCGCGGCGGCUGCCCGGGCGUUUGAAAAGCGGCUACGCGGGCGGCAAAAGGUGCUCAGGCGGCGGGCUCCCCUCUCCCUGCAGACUGGCCCAGCCGGCUGCUGAGUGGCUUUUGUCUUCUGUCGGGGCCCGGUUGCGGGUGGACUGUCAGCCUGGGGACGGGAAGCCGGGCGCGCUACAAGCGGGCCGCAGAGCUGGGUCCGGGCGUCUGGGGCCACGGGCGGGCGACGGAAGCCUCACCCAGAGCCCUGCCGUGGGUGGCGGGCUACCUGCAGCUCACCCGGGCCCCUCUUCCUCCCAGCAGACCCCGCCUGUGGGCCGCCGACCGCGACCAUGGUCUCCAAGUCCGACCAACUGCUCAUCGUCGUGUCCAUCCUCGAAGGUCGCCAUUUCCCCAAACGUCCAAAACAUAUGCUUGUGGUAGAAGCAAAGUUUGAUGGAGAACAGUUGGCUACUGAUCCUGUGGACCACACUGACCAGCCAGAAUUUGCUACUGAGCUAGCCUGGGAAAUAGACAGGAAAGCACUGCAUCAGCACAGGUUACAGCGUACUCCUAUCAAACUCCAGUGUUUUGCCCUGGAUCCUUUAUCUUCAGCCAAGGAAACGAUAGGUUACAUUGUUUUAGACUUAAGAACUGCUCAAGAAACCAAACAGGCACCAAAAUGGUACCAGUUGCUGAGUAAUAAAUACACCAAGUUCAAGUCUGAGAUACAGAUAAGCAUUGCUUUGGAAACAGAUACAAAGGCACCCGUGGAUACUUUUAAAGCAAAGGGAGCUCCUCCUCGAGAUGGAAAAGUACCUGCCAGCCUGUCUGGACUUGACCCAAAGGACAUGGUGGCAGUGCUGAAUGAGGAGGGAGGUUACCAUCAGAUCGGGCCAGCUGAGUAUUGCACUGACUCCUUCAUUAUGUCAGUGACCAUAGCAUUCGCCACCCAGCUGGAGCAGUUAAUUCCCUGUACCAUGAAACUUCCAGAAAGACAGCCUGAGUUUUUCUUUUACUAUUCUUUACUGGGAAAUGAUGUUACAAAUGAACCCUUCAAUGAUCUGAUCAACCCAAACUUUGAGCCAGAGAGAGCAUCUGUUCGAAUACGUAGCAGUGUUGAAAUUCUUCGCAUUUACCUGGCUCUUCAUUCCAAGCUACAGAUCCAUCUUUGCUGUGGAGACCAGUCGCUUGGAAGUACAGAAGUACCCUUAACUGGAUUACUGAAAAAGGGAAGUACGGAAAUCAACCACCGCCCAGUCACAGUUGAGGGUGCUUUCACUCUUGACCCCCCAAAUCGAGCCAAACAAAAGCUUGCACCUAUUCCUGUGGAGCUGGCCCCCACGGUGGGAGUGUCUGUGGCUCUGCAGAGAGAAGGCAUAGACCCCCAGUCUUUAAUUGAAUUAAAGACCCAGAAUGAACAUGAGCCACACCAUUCAAAGAAGAGAGUUUUAACCCCCAUAAAGGAGAAGACACAUACUGGGGCAAAAUCUCCAAGCGUGUCCCCUGUCCCACCUCACAACCAGUCACCUCCAACAAAAGAUGAUGCAACAGAAAGUGAAGUGGAAAGCUUACAGUACGAUAAGGACACAAAACCACAUCCAAAGGCUAUCAGUUCUGUACCGGCUUCACAGGCCCAGCCAGUAACUACACCUAUGGCUUCAGAAACAGCUUCAGGACAGAAGAUUGCUGUUCCUGCAACAUCACAUCAUUUUUGCUUUUCAAUAGACUUAAGGAGUAUCCAUGAUUUGGAAGUUGGUUUUCCAAUCAACUGUAUAUUAAGGUACUCAUAUCCUUUCUUUGGAAGUGCAGCUCCUAUUAUGACUAAUCCACCUGUAGAAGUUCGGAAAAACAUGGAAGUUUUUCUUCCCCAAUCUUACUGUGCAUUUGAUUUUGCAACAAUGCCUCAUCAGCUGCAGGAUACCUUCUUGAGGAUUCCAUUGCUGGUUGAAUUAUGGCACAAGGAUAAAAUGAGUAAAGAUUUAUUACUGGGAAUUGCCAGAAUCCAACUUUCUAACAUCUUGUCUUCAGAAAAAACUCGCUUUUUAGGUUCUAAUGGUGAACAGUGUUGGAGACAAACGUACAGUGAAUGCGUGCCUAUUAUAGCAGCACAAGGGUCAAAUAACAGGAUAAUAGAUCUUUCUUACACAGUGACUCUAGAAGAUUAUGGACUAGUAAAAAUGCGUGAGAUUUUUGUCUCUGAUUCAUCUCAGGGAUUAUCUGCUGUACAUCAAAAGCCAUCUUCUCUCCCUCCAGCACCUUGUCCUUCAGAAAUCCAGACAGAGCCUCGUGAAACCUUAGAAUACAAAGCAGCACUUGAGCUGGAAAUGUGGAAGGAGAUGCAAGAAGACAUUUUUGAAAAUCAGCUAAAGCAGAAAGAACUGGCUCACAUGCAAGCUCUUGCAGAGGAAUGGAAGAAAAGGGACCGAGAGAGAGAAUCACUAGUAAAGAAAAAGGUGGCUGAAUAUACUAUACUAGAAGGAAAACUUCAAAAAACCCUAAUUGACUUAGAGAAGCGAGAGCAGCAGCUUACCAUUGCAGAAUCAGAGCUUCAAAGAGAAAGGAAGGAGCUGAAAUCAGAACGUGAACGGAACCUGCAGGAACUCCAAGAUUCCAUCCGUAGGGCCAAAGAGGAUUGUGUUCACCAAGUAGAGCUAGAAAGGUUAAAGAUCAGGCAACUGGAAGAGGAUAAACACCGACUUCAGCAGCAGCUUAAUGAUGCUGAAAAUAAGUAUAAGAUUUUGGAAAAGGAGUUUCAUCAGUUCAAGGAUCAGCAAAGCAACAAACCAGAAAUUCGACUCCAAUCUGAAAUAAAUCUUCUCACUUUGGAAAAGGUUGAACUUGAAAGAAAGUUGGAAUCUGCGACUAAGUCUAAAUUACAUUACAAGCAGCAGUGGGGACGAGCUUUGAAAGAACUUGCCAGACUUAAGCAGCGGGAACAAGAAAGUCAAAUGGCUCGUCUUAAAAAACAGCAGGAAGAAUUGGAACAGAUGAGACUACGUUACCUGGCUGCUGAGGAAAAAGAUACAGUGAAAACCGAGAGACAAGAAUUGUUGGAUAUAAGAAAUGAACUGAACAGGUUAAGGCAACAAGAACAAAAACAGAACCAGGAUUCCAGAGAGAUUGCGAGUGGAAAAAUGGAUGGCUCACAUGGCACUGCCUUGGAAGAAGGCUUGGAUGACUACUUGACUCGCCUCAUAGAAGAAAGGGAUACUUUGAUGAGGACGGGUGUGUAUAAUCACGAGGAUCGAAUAAUAAGUGAACUCGACCGACAGAUCAGAGAGGUUUUGGCCAGAAACAAUGCCAGUAAUUAAUACCAUUUGGAAAAAUCUUUAGAGACUGCAGGUCUCAAUUUUAAUUGUAAAGCCCUGAAAAGAAGGGAUAACGGAUGUUUUAAAAUGUAAUUUUCAGUUUUUUUAUAAGCAGAAUUUUGUAUGUUAUUGUAUAGUAUUUAUUUGAUUUUAUUUACUUUAUGCUACUACCUCUCCCACUCUGGCUUAUUUGUAAUCACAUUUUAUGUACUCAUUUUAAACGACUUUUCAGUGUUUCUCAUAAUUUAACAUUUCAGGGCUAACUUUCAAAACAGCUUGUUACUAAAUUUGUUCUCAGAGGAAUGACUGUAAUUUCCACUUAUAUAAUUUUGUAUGUUGAGCCAAAAGAGUGUAUGUUGCACUUUAAAAAUGCUCUCCUGUUCAUUUGAAUGGACAUUACCUUAAAAAGUUGAGGUCUUUUGUAAAUGUGUCUAGUUUUAUUUAAUUCAUUUUAGAUUACCGGUUUUUUUAACUUGCAACAUUUGCAGGUGACGAGUUUGAAAACAGAACGCAGGACCAAUGCAGAAAAGCCAUAUGUGAUCUAUUGAGUGACAAACUAGUCAUUUAUUUAAAUAAAGUUAAUGCAGAUUAAAUUUGUUUCAGCUAUUGAAUUUUCAAAUUUUUAGCGUACUCUUAAUUUUUAAGAAUAAGAAGCAGUAGCUUAAUAAGGUCUUCUUCCCUGUCAGUCUCCUGCUCAAGACUGCACUGUUUUCUUUUGUUGAAAAUAGAGGUUUCAUUUUCCACUAAUAGUAAUACUACUUGUUAACUUAAACCCUCCAUUUGACCCUCUGUUUUAACAUGGAAACAGACACAUAAACGCACUAGUUAAGAAAGUAAAGUGAAAACCUAGUAUUUUUUACUCCUCAGUCUUUUAUAAAAAGCACCUGCAAUUAAGUCACUGGAUUUACAUAGUGCCAUGUCAGUAUAAAUUUUCAAGAAUUCCUUUACAUCGCAUUCUUCCAAGUCAACAUUUACCCUCUAAGCAACACUUUCCACCUCCUUUAACAGGGUACUCGGAAGGUUUAUUAGCAAAUUCACAGAUUUAGGUGAGUCUUGAAAUAGUUAAAAUUUCUUAUUCCCAAAUAUAAUACAUUUAAGUAUAUACUUUAGGAAGUGUAUACUAUUUACUGAUAAAACUUCUACAGAAGCAGAAGAGGCUAUUUGGUAAUCUAAAUUUUCUGUUGGUUUCAAUGGAAGUAUAUUUCUUGUUUAGGAAAGUAAAGUCCCUGCAUGCUUUAUAUAUUUUGUCCCUUAUUAACAAGUAUUAAUCUAAAAACAACCCAACAGUAUAAAGAGAGAAAUUACUGAAUGAGAGAAUAAUGCAUAUGUGAAUUAUAGCAGGAAUGUGAGAUAUUAAUUAUGGCUAGUCAUUUUCUCUCAUUGAUUUUUGUGCCACAUGAACAGAAUAGAAGUAUUUUUUUUGUUUCCAAAGGUCUCGGGUAAAAUAUUGUGGCUGUGCCUUCAAUUGCAUUGUGUGCUGCAAUGUGACUGUUUUCAAACACUAGAGGGGGCCUUAGAUUUAGAGAAACAGAAAGGACGUUUCUAAAAUGGAUGUGUGGUUUGCCUUCUGUGAAAUGAUCUUUUGGCUAUGUAUUUUAACAAAUAAAACUCAGAAUUGUGUGCA